GGGGUGGAGAAGCGGGAGCGGAGGAGGCCAACGGCGAAGUGGAGGAAGGCUGGGCAGCGCGGCCUCUCCAAACUGAUUGAUUAGUCAUGAUCCCCGCAGUUUGAACAGGGACUCAUUCAAUUGGGAAGGUGGAGCGCUCGGGAGCAGAUUAGCAUACGCUUGUUUACUCAUCUUCUGAGGGCUUUUUCCCCCCUCUUUCCUUUCAUUUUGUGAAGAAGGAGGGAGGGGAGGGGGGACUGCGGGGGGGGGAGAAGGGGGCUGUGGCUUGUGUUAUAAAGGACGCAAAAAAUAAAUAAAUUAGAGCAUCUUUUGGGGGGAGGGAAUUCAGCGGAUCAGUGUCUUAGAGGAGCUUUUUUUUUUUAUUAUUUUUUUUGAAGAGCGAGAAAUCAUAUAAAAUAAAAUGAAAUAAAACAAGGAGGAAGGCAACCAGCUGUUAGAGGGGAAAAAAAUAAGGCAGAUAAAGGAGCGGGGAGAGAAAUUAAUUGCCAACCAGGAGGAGUUGGGCUGUAUUUUUCAGAGGUGGGGGGAGUGGAGCACACACCUUGAGGAGGGAAGCGAGAAAGAAAAGAAAAAAGCAAGUGGAAGGGGGGGCUCGCCCAAGAAGGGUGAAGAAGCGAAGAAAGUCGAGGCGCCGAGGCUCCCAAAGCUGGCAGCUCCGGGCGGCGGUGCAGGGGCGAAGGGGGGGCGGGGGGGGACCGUCGGACAUGCGGCUCUGGAGUUGGGUGCUGCGCCUGGGGCUGCUGAGCGCCGCGCUGGGCUGCGGGCUGGCCGAGCGCCCCCGCCGGGCCCGGAGAGACCCGCGGGCCGGCCGCCCCCCGCGCCCCGCCGCCGGCCCGGCCACCUGCGCCACCCGGGCGGCCCGCGGCCGCCGCGCCUCGCCUCCGCCGCCGCCGCCGCCGCCGCCGCCGGGCGGUGCCUGGGAAGCCGUGCGCGUCCCCCGGCGGCGGCAGCAGCGGGAGGCGAGGGGCGCCGCCGAGGAGCCGAGCCCGCCGAGCCGGGCGCUCUAUUUCAGCGGGCGAGGCGAGCAGCUGCGCCUCCGGGCCGACCUCGAGCUGCCCCGGGACGCGUUCACGCUGCAAGUGUGGCUGCGAGCGGAGGGGGGCCAGAGGUCUCCGGCCGUGAUCACAGGGCUGUAUGACAAAUGUUCUUAUACCUCACGUGACCGAGGAUGGGUCGUGGGAAUUCACACCGUCAGUGACCAAGGCAACAGAGACCCACGCUACUUUUUCUCCCUGAAGACAGACCGAGCCCGGCAAGUGACCACCAUCAAUGCCCACCGCAGCUACCUCCCAGGCCAGUGGGUGCACCUAGCUGCCACCUAUGACGGGCGGCUGAUGAAACUCUACAUGAACGGUGCCCAGGUGGCCACCUCGGGGGAGCAGGUGGGCGGCAUCUUCAGCCCGUUGACCCAGAAGUGUAAAGUGCUCAUGUUGGGGGGCAGUGCUCUGAAUCACAACUACCGGGGCUACAUCGAGCGCUUCAGUCUGUGGAAGGUGGCCCGGACUCAGCGGGAGAUACUGCUCGACAUGGAAACCCAUGGCCUCCAUGCGCCUCUACCUCAGCUCCUCCUCCAGGAGAACUGGGACAACGUGAAGCACACCUGGUCCCCCAUGAAGGACGGCAACAUCCCCCAAGUGGAACUCAGCGGUGCCCACGGCUUCCUGCUGGACACGAGUCUGGAGCCUCCCUUGUGUGGGCAGACGUUGUGUGACAACACGGAGGUCAUUGCCAGCUACAACCAGCUCCCGCGGUUCCGCCGGCCCAAGGUGGUGCGCUACCGCGUGGUCAACCUCCAUGACGACAACCAUGAGAACCCCACGGUGAGCCGUCAGCAGAUCGACUUCCAGCACCGGCAGCUGGCCGAGGCCUUCAGACACUAUAACAUCUCCUGGGAUCUGGAGGUGCUCGAGGUGAGCAACUCCUCCCUGCGCCACCGCCUCGUCCUGGCCAACUGCGACAUCAGCAAGAUCGGGGACGAGAGCUGCGACCUCGAGUGCAACCACACGCUGACCGGCCACGACGGCGGGGACUGCCGCCACCUACGCCACCCUGCCUUCGUGAAGAAGCAGCACAACGGGGUGUGUGACAUGGACUGUAAUUACGAACGGUUCAACUUUGAUGGCGGAGAGUGCUGCGACCCCGAAAUCACGGAUGUCACCAAGACUUGCUUCGACCCCGACUCUCCGCACAGAGCAUACUUGGAUGUUAAUGAACUGAAGAACAUUCUUAGACUGGAUGGAUCAACACACCUUAAUAUCUUCUUUGCAAACUCCUCGGAGGAGGAAUUGGCAGGAGUAGCAACUUGGCCAUGGGACAAGGAGGCCCUAAUGCACUUAGGUGGCAUUGUCUUGAAUCCGUCUUUCUACGGCAUUCCUGGGCACACCCACACCAUGAUCCAUGAGAUCGGGCACAGCCUGGGCCUCUACCACAUCUUUCGAGGCAUCUCAGAGAUCCAGUCUUGUAGUGAUCCCUGCAUGGAGACGGAACCCUCCUUUGAGACAGGAGACCUCUGCAGCGAUACCAAUCCAGCCCCAAAACACAAGUUCUGCGGUGAUCCGGGACCAGGGAAUGACACCUGUGGCUUCCAUAGCUUCUUCAACACCCCUUACAACAACUUCAUGAGCUACGCAGAUGACGACUGCACAGACUCCUUCACGCCCAAUCAAGUCGCCAGAAUGCACUGUUACCUGGACCUGGUCUACCAGAGCUGGCAGCCCUCCAGGAAGCCGGCGCCCGUCGCCCUGGCCCCCCAGAUCGUGGGCCACACGAGCGACUCCGUGACACUGGAGUGGUUUCCGCCCAUCGAUGGCCACUUCUUUGAAAGAGAAUUGGGAUCAGCAUGUGACCUUUGCCUGGAAGGGAGAAUCCUGGUGCAGUAUGCCAUCAACGCCUCCUCCCCGAUGCCCUGUGGCCCAUCAGGACACUGGAGUCCUCGAGAAGCAGAAGGUCAUCCAGAUGUUGAACAGCCCUGUAAGUCCAGUGUCCGCACCUGGAGUCCAAAUUCAGCUGUCAACCCACACACAGUCCCUCCAGCCUGCCCUGAGCCACAAGGCUGCUACCUUGAACUGGAAUUCCGCUACCCCUUGGUCCCUGAGUCUUUAACCGUCUGGGUGACCUUUGUCUCCACUGAUUGGGACUCUAGUGGGGCUGUCAAUGACAUCAAACUGUUAACUGUCAGUGGGAAGAACAUCUCUCUGGGCCCUCAGAACGUCUUCUGCGAUGUCCCACUGACCAUCAAACUCCGGGAUGUGGGUGAGGAGGUGUACGGCAUCCAGAUCUACACAUUGGAUGAGCACCUAGAGAUUGAUGCGGCCAUGUUGACCUCCAUUGCAGACAGCCCUCUCUGUCUAGAGUGUAAGCCUCUGCAGUACAAGGUGGUCCGGGACCCUCCUCUCCACGUGGACGUGGCCUCCCUCCUAUACCUCAAUAGAAGAUUCACGGACACGGAUCUCAGUCUUGGCAGUGUGUACCAGUACUGGGUCAUCACUAUUUCCGGAAGUGAAGAGAGUGAGCCAUCGCCAGCUGCCAUCUACAUCCAUGGAAGUGGAUACUGUGGCGAUGGCAUUAUCCAGAAAAGCCAAGGUGAGGAAUGUGAUGACAUGAACAAGCUCAGCGGUGACGGCUGCUCCCUCUUCUGCCGAAGGGAAGACUCCUUCAAUUGCAUUGAUGAACCCAGCCGCUGCUAUUUCCAUGACGGUGAUGGUGUGUGUGAGGAGUUUGAACAAAAAACUAGCAUCAAGGACUGUGGGGUCUACACGCCCCAGGGGUUCCUGGAUCAGUGGGCAUCCAAUGCUUCAGUUUCCCAUCAGGACCAGCAGUGUCCAGGCUGGGUCAUCAUCGGUCAGCCGGCAGCCUCCCAGGUGUGUCGAACCAAGGUGAUAGAUCUCAGUGAAGGCAUUUCCCAGCAUGCCUGGUACCCUUGUACCUUCAGCUACCCAUACUCCCAGAUGGCUCAGACCACUUUCUGGCUCCGGGCAUACUUUUCUCAGCCAAUGGUCGCCGCAGCUGUCAUCGUCCACCUGGUGACGGAUGGCACCUAUUAUGGGGACCAGAAGCAAGAGACCAUCAGCGUCCAGCUGUUUGAUACCAAAGAUCAGAGCCACGAUCUCGGCCUCCAUGUCCUGAGCUGCAGGAACAAUCCCCUGAUUAUCCCUGUGGUACAUGACCUCAGCCGGCCCUUCUACCAUAGCCGGGCGGUUCGUGUGAGCUUCAGUUCACCCCUGGUCGCCAUCUCGGGGGUGGCCCUCCGCUCCUUCGACAACUUUGACCCCGUCACCCUGAGCAGCUGCCAGAGAGGGGAGACCUACAGCUCUGCUGAGCAGAGCUGUGUGCACUUCGCAUGUGAGGCCUCCGACUGCCCGGAGCUGGCCGUGGAGAACGCGUCUCUCAACUGCUCCAGCAGUGACCGCUACCACGGCGCCCGCUGCACCGUGAGCUGCCGGACGGGCUACGUGCUCCAGAUACAGCGGGACGACGAGCUCAUUAAGAGCCAGGUGGGACCCAGCGUGACGGUGACCUGCAGCGAGGGCAAGUGGAACAAACAGGUGGCUUGCGAGCCAGUGGACUGCGGCGUCCCGGACCAGCAUCACGUCCACGCCGCGUCCUUCUCCUGCCUUCAAGGCACCACCUUUGGCAGCAAAUGCUCCUUCCAGUGCCGUCACCCUGCGCAGCUGAAAGGCAACAACAGCCUCCUGACCUGUAUGGAGGACGGCCUGUGGUCCUUCCCGGAGGCCCUGUGUGAGCUCAUGUGCCUAGCUCCGCCCCCGGUGCCCAACGCCGACCUCCAGACGGCCCGGUGCCGUGAGAACAAGCACAAGGUGGGCUCUUUCUGCAAGUACAAGUGCAAACCUGGAUAUCAUGUGCCUGGCUCCUCUCGGAAGUCAAAGAAACGGGCCUUCAAGACUCAGUGUACCCAAGAUGGCAGCUGGCAGGAGGGAGCUUGCGUUCCUGUGACCUGUGACCCACCUCCGCCAAAAUUCCAUGGGCUCUACCAGUGCACCAAUGGCUUCCAGUUCAACAGCGAGUGUCGAAUCAAGUGCGAAGACAGCGACGCUGCCCAGGGACGUGGGAGCAACAUCAUCCACUGCCGGAAAGAUGGCACCUGGAGUGGCUCCUUCCACAUCUGCCAGGAGAUGCAAGGCCAGUGCUCGGCCCCGGACCAGCUCAACGGCAACCUCAAACUGCAGUGCCCGGAAGGCUAUGCCAUAGGGUCGGAGUGUGUCACCUCGUGCCUGGACCACAACAGCGAGUCCAUCAUCCUGCCAGUGAACGUGACCGUACGGGACAUCCCGCACUGGCUGAACCCCACACGGGUAGAGAGAGUUGUCUGCACGGCUGGUCUCAAGUGGUAUCCUCAUCCCGCCCUGAUUCACUGUGUCAAAGGCUGUGAGCCCUUCAUGGGAGACAAUUACUGUGAUGCCAUCAACAACCGAGCCUUCUGCAACUACGAUGGUGGGGACUGCUGUGCCUCUACAGUGAAGACCAAGAAGGUCACCCCUUUCCCUAUGUCCUGUGACCUACAAGGUGACUGUGCUUGUCGGGACCCCCAGGCCCAAGAACACAGCCGGAAAGACCUCCGGGGGUACAGCCAUGGCUAAGGAGGACAAGGAGUUGACAAAGAAUUCCCAGCGCCAGGACCCGCAUCCCUUUGGUAUUGAUUUCACAGUCAGCUGCUCAACGGAAUGGCCUCCCCACACCAGGGAUCCUUAGCACCCAACCGGUCUGCCUUUAAUUUCACCCAGGAAGGACUCAUAGUAGGGGCGCAUGAACCAAGUCUCGCCAUGUUGGAUGAUGAAAUGGAAUCCUAUCCCAAAGUCUUAGAAGGAUUGCAUAUACAAGUGUGCAGUCCCAGA